UCGACCACUUUGUUUUCAGCUCAAUAAAUGUAUCUUUAACAGGACUUCUUGUUCUCCUCCUAAGUGGGAGGAAUUCCUCUUCUUUGCUUGGAGACUUUGAUGGAGGACCGGAGAGGGAUUGGAGCAAAUUGUGGCCCGUAUGUUAAUAAUCUGCGCGCACAGGUCAAUCUUGCCGGGUGCCACUUGGCAACUGAUAUUGUGUUCAUUCGAGGUUCUCUACUUUUGUGGGUUUGAUUCAAUCAAAUCACCGGCUCAUGUUGUAAUAAACACGUCUUGCUUAAAUGUAUCGCGGAGUUUACAAGCAUUUGUAGCUUCCAGGUACAACUUCGAACGCCUGUCAAUUAGAGGUCGACCGAAACCAAAACACGUUCAUGUAACUACGGAAGUUUCUGAUCGUUGCAUCACAAGCUGUGUCACGGAACAAGGGAAUACUUUCACAUCUCCGUGGCCGUUAACAUGAGUAUGAGUACGGCUGAGAAGGAUCGUGUGAUAAAUGAACUUCCUAAGUUUUAUACAGCUGAUGCAGCCCCAAGACAGGCUUCUAAUUUUCACCCUAAAACCAAGGAUGCAUGUUCUUCAGGGAAUACUGGCAACAUAUCUUUAAAAGUGGCCAAAUCUAUAGUUGUGGGUGACACUGCUGUUGGGAAAACAUGUCUAGUUAACAGAUACUGUCGUAACCUAUAUGACAGAGAUUACAAAGCAACCAUUGGUGUAGACUUUGAAGUGGAGCGAUUUAGGAUUCUUGAUCAAGAGUUCAACAUGCAAAUUUGGGAUACAGCUGGCCAAGAGAGAUUCAAAUGCAUGGCUCAAUCCUACUACAGGGGAGCACAUGUGAUCAUCUUAGUGUUUGACCUCACAAGCAUCAAGACUCUUAACAAUACAAAGCAAUGGCUGGAGGAAGCUUUAGAACAAAACACAACAACUUGUCCAGAAAUUUUCCUUGUAGGAUCCAAAAAGGACCUCUGUAAAAGCAAUGAAUUUUCACAAAUGGAGAUGAAUGCUUUGAAAGUUGCAGAAGAAAUUAACGCAGAAUACUGGAGUGUAUCAUCUAAAUCAGGAGAGAACGUCAAAGGCCUUUUCCGUCGACUAGCAGCCGUAACGUUUGAGCAAGCAAUUCUACGUGAGCUAGAGACUCUGGGAAAAAGAGUUGGAGUGCAACAGAUAGGAAGUGGGGGUGGCCUGGUGCUGGAAAAGAGGAGAAAAGAAGAUGACGAAAAAGAUAGGCGUCGAAAACCAAAGUGUUGCUCCGGGGGUCGUGGCCUAUAGGAAUUCAAAGCAUGCGCGACAGAUUUUCGCAGCUGGUCUGUUAUUAAAAGGGCUCUUGUACUCCCUUGCUCGAAUCUAACUUGUCAAUUAAGUGGAAAGUAAUUCUACGUCUUCAAAGUUUGGACAAUUGACAUGGUUAACAUGAACGUGGAAUUUGUGAUAUGUAGAUGUGGCGAUAGCCAGGGGCGCGGACGAUGCCUCUUUUUCGCUUCUUUCAUGUAUAUUUCGCUUUUUUUCCACAGCAACUCAAUCCAAAAAGUGUACAUUUGUCAGUUAUUUUUAUUACAAAGAAUUCUAAUAUUGAAA